AUGAUGAUACUUGGUAAACACGACAAUGGCGUGUGCCGCGUGUGUUACGAUCCCCAUUCGAAGCUGCUAUUUUCAGGCUCCUGGGAUGCCACUGUCAAGGUAUGGGAUCCUUAUGGAGAGCCGGCAGAUGCGCUCAAGGCCACUCUGACGAUGCCUGGCAAGGUAUUUGCCAUGGAUGUGUCGCCGCCCUCGGCGACGCUGCCAGCGCAGCUCGUCGUGGCUAUGAGUGACCGUGCUGUGCAUGUGUACAAUACGUCCAAGCUGCAGGUUGCUUUGAAUGGGCCAAAUGCUGACUCCUGUGAGCCUGAGCAGCGUCGCGAGAGCAGCCUCAAGUUCAUGCUCCGAGAUGUGAAGAGCACGCCGGAUGGGACUGGCUAUGUCACGUCAUCCGUGGAGGGGCGCGUCGCGGUGGAAUUUCUAGACACCAGCGAGGCAGCACAAGCGCAGAAAUAUGCGUUCAAGUGUCAUCGCAAGGAGGUCGAUGGUGUUGAUGUCGUAUACCCUAUUCAUGCUGUGGCCUUCCAUCCUGUGUAUGGUACAUUCGCGACCUGCGGUGGCGAUGCUCACUGUGCUCUCUGGGACCCCGUGGCCAAGAAGCGCAUUCGGCAGUAUGCGCUACCUUCACCUGUGAGCACGGCCUCAUUCAGCGCUGAUGGUAGUGUGCUCGUCAUUGCGAGUGGUGCAGAGAAUAUGGAAGAUGCGCACCAUCCGGGCUCCGAUGCUGGCGAAGUCGGGGGAAUCGGCGCCGGUGGACCGGGCCAUGUCCUUCUGCACAUCAAGUCGGCGACGGAAGAUGCCAAGCCCAAGGCCAAACCUGCUUAA